AUCUCACUGGUGACGUGUGGGUCGGUGGGUUUGUGCGCGAAGGUGCAGAUGUUGGCGGUUUGAAUAGAGAGAAGAAAAAGGAGGCUGAGGGCUGCUCUUCAAGCUGAAGCACUUGACGCGGUAUUACACGCAGCAUUUCUACUAAAAUGGCAAGCUGUGGAGACAUCCAAGUGAAGGAGCUGAAUAAACGUGCAUCAGGUCAAGCAUUUGAGGUCAUCCUAAGCCCCCCGACCCCAGAUGCUAAGCUGGACUUUCCAUUGUCCCCGGUAAAGAAAAGGGAAACAUCGCUGGAUGAGAUUAAGAGGAAACUGGAAGCUGCUGAAGAAAGACGCAAGAGCCAUGAAGCCGAAGUGCUGAAACAUUUCGCUGAGAAACGAGAGCACGAGAAGGAGGUCAUCCAGAAGGCCAUCGAGGAAAGCUGCAACUUUAGCAAGCUGGCCCAGGAGAAACUAAAUCAGAAGAUGGAGGCAAACAAAGAGAACCGCACUGCUAGGAUGGCAGCUCUCAAUGAGAAGUUUAAGGAGAAGGACAAGAAGCUUGAAGAAGUGAAAAAGAAACAGGAGGCAAUGAAAGAACGAGAGAAUUAAUUCUUUUGUGAUCUGUAAUGCAGUCUUUACAUCUCCAAAGAUAAGCGUUUUGUUUGUAACUGACUCUUAACCCCGGUUGAUUUUUAUGUUCUGAUUAUUCUGUAAGUUGGUUAUACUGGCUGGUUAGCUCAGGAUGUAGUCUGACAUUUCUGCUGUAGACUUGUAUUUGGCAGCUGGUUAUAUUACUUUUUUAAAGAGGCAUUUGCUGGGACUAAAUGUUCUUCUACUUCUUCAUGUUAAAGUGUACAGCAUGCACUGUUGUAAACUCUUGGUAAAGCUGGAUGUUUGUGUAGACUGUGAUGCAGUCCUAUUGUUACACCAUUAAAGUUUUUUUUAUUCUUUUUGCA